UUUGUUUUCACGAGAGAGAAUUGUCAGAGCAAAUUUGUGUUACGCAUUGAUCAAGAAGUUAUAUCGGUGCUCAGCAAUGUCUCCAAUAACUACUAACAUCUUCAAAAAAUACCUUUUAUGUAAUCGAAACUGCUGUCUAAAGGUACCUACGCAAUGUAAACAUACGGCUGCUAAUCCUAUUCAGAAGAUCCGCGAGCGGUUAGAGAGUGGUCCCAGCUUCCAGGAUUUCGUACAGAAUCCCGACUACAACAAGGAAGACUGGAGUGCCUAUGAUGGCAAGUUGAAGCGAGAAAAAGGUGAAUCUGAACGCCUACGCUUGCCACCUUGGCUCAAGACAAAAAUACCCAUGGGGAAAAAUUACAACAACAUCAAAGAGCAGCUUCGGGAACUCAAUUUGGCCACAGUUUGCGAGGAAGCAAAGUGUCCCAACAUUGGUGAAUGCUGGGGUGGUGGCGAACAUGGCACCCAGACUGCUACUAUAAUGUUGAUGGGUGACACGUGUACGCGUGGAUGUCGUUUUUGCAGUGUGAAAACUGCUCGUAUUCCGCCGCCACUUGAUCCUGAUGAACCAACGAAAACAGCCACCGCAAUUGCAUCCUGGGGAUUGGACUACAUUGUGCUAACGUCAGUAGAUCGGGAUGAUCUUCCUGAUGGGGGAUCGAACCACAUUGCUGCCACUAUACGGGAAAUCAAAAACCAAAAUCCGCGUAUAUUUGUGGAAUGCCUUGCGCCGGAUUUCCGUGGCGAUUUGGAAUGUGUGAAAACUGUAGCCUUAUCGGGCCUCGACGUGUAUGCUCAUAAUAUUGAAACGGUUGAAACACUGACGCCUUUCGUGAGAGAUCGACGAGCUGAUUAUAGACAAAGUUUGGCAUGUCUUGAAAAUGUGAAAAAGAUCAAUCCAGCAAUGGUCACAAAAACAUCGAUUAUGCUGGGUCUUGGAGAGACAGAUGGCCAGAUUGAGCAGACAAUGAAGGAUCUCCGCUCCGUCGGCGUCGACUGUUUAACCCUCGGACAGUAUAUGCAGCCUACCAAACGACACCUCAAAGUUAUUGAAUACGUAACGCCCGAGAAGUUCAAACACUGGGAAGAGCGUGGCAACGAAUUAGGUUUUCUGUAUACUGCCAGCGGGCCACUUGUACGAAGCUCAUACAAGGCGGGCGAAUUUUUCAUAACGAGCAUUCUGAAGAACAGAGCUGCGGAAGUAGAACGGAAUAAGGAAUAGGUGGAUAAUUUGGGACUAAAUGAAGCAACUUAGAGAUUAUCACCAAGUGUAUUUGUUUUGCAGUUCUGGAAACAACGUUUAAUGUAUGAUAUGUAGAUCCUGAUUCCUAUUUCUUGUAAACACAAAAGUUGAGGCAGAAAAAUAUAUUUCGAAUCGGA